AUGGAGGAACCUGCUCAGACACAACUUCUGAAAACGCUGGGAGAUUUGGGAGAAAAGGAACUGAAAUAUUUUAAGUGGUAUCUACAGAAACCUCAGUUACUGGGCGGUUUACCAGUAAUCCCAAAGACUGAUCUUCAGACGGCUGAUAACACAGAGACAGUGAAUUUGAUGAUCAGCAAAUACAAAUUUGAAGAUGCUUUGGAAGUCACAAAGAAGAUUUUGGAAAAAGUCAAGACUCAAACAAGUAAAUUUUCACAAGUUGUGGUGAAACAAGGUAAAGAAGAGGCUCUCACAAAGUGUCAGCAUGAGCUCAAAGCUAAGUUGAACAAGAGAUUCCUGCAUUUGUUGGAAGGGAUUGCAGAAGAAGAAGACCCAACCCUUCUGAAUCAGAUCUACACAGAACUCUGGAUCACAGAGGGACAGACUACAGAGGUCAAUGAGGAACAUGAGGCCAAAGUGAAGAAGGCCAAAUUGAGUAGCUGUAACCUCACAGAGAGAAGUUGUAAAGCUCUGUCCUCAGUUCUAAGUUUCCAGUUAUCUAGUCUGAGACACCUGGACCUGAGUAACAAUGAUCUUAAGGAUGCAGGAGUAAAGGCUCUGUUUGCUGAAUUGGCAAAUCCACCCUGUAAGCUGGAAACACUAAGUCUUUCAGGCUGUCUGAUGACAGAUGAAGGCUGUGAUUUUCUGGCUUCAUUUCUGACCUCCCACCCCACCCAUUUGAGAGAACUGGACUUGAGCUACAAUUACAUAGGAGACUCAGGAGAAAAGCUGCUGAACCAGCUUAGACUGGAGAGUAUGAGGGUGGAGCCUGCUGGAGUCCGAUGGUUGAGACCAG